UGAUGAUGAUAAGAGAGGAGGAGAAGUGGGGUUUAUAUAAGAGGGAAAUGGCGUGUGGUCACCGUUGGAUCAGUAUCCACGUGGAGGGCACAGAUGAGGCCAGAUGUAGAGGCGUGUGGCAGCCUCGUGCAUCAUCCAAUGGGAUAGUGUGAACGUGAGGAUAUUCGGUUCCACGUUAGCAUCUCUCAUUUCAGAUUAAAAGCUUUUGUCUGCUUUCUCUUUUGUCACUCCGAAUCUUUUUUCCUUUCUACUAUUUCGGCUCCCCCACUCUCGCGUUGCCACCAUUCCAUUUCCUACUCGCUCUCCCCUCCCCCACCUAUAAGACCAUCAUUAUCAGUGGCCUUAGGGCCAGCCCUUAAUAUAUUUUGGGUUUAAAAUAAAUCAAAAAUGAGUAAGGCCAGGCCAAACGGGCUUAAAUUAAGGUCUGUUUUUCGUGGCCCUUAAGGGCACGUGUGAGCACGGGAUUGGGAGAAGAAACCGAAGUCGAGAAGAGAUCGAAGUGUUUUGUCGGUCUGUUCUUCUCACUUUUCGAAAACCAAAUCGAGAAGCUACCAUCGUCUUCUCCGUUUCUUCGAUCUCGAAAUCAUCGUUCUCCGUUUAUUCUCUCCGUUUCCACUCCGGUUCGGCGUUUAUUCUCUCCGUUUCAUCUCGAUCUCCAUCUCCGUUUCGUCUUGGUGUAUCUCGAUCUCCAUCUCGAUCUCCAUCUCGAUCUCCAUCUCGAUCUCCAUCUCGAUCUCCAUCUCGAUCUCCAUCUCGAUCUCCAUCUCGAUCUGUUCCGGUUUCAGCGGCGGUUCGUUCGGGAUCAGCGGGGGUUGCGUUCGGGUUCAGCGGGGGGUCGGUUCGGCUUCUGCGGCGGUUUGGUUCGGGUUCAGCGGGGGGUCGGUUCGGCUUCUGCGGCGGUUUGGUUCGGGUUCAGCGGGGGGUCGGUUCGGCUUCUGCGGCGGUUUGGUUCGGGUUCUUCGGUGGUUCUGUUCGGGUUCUGCGACGGUUAGAUUCGGUUUCUCCGGCGGUUCACUCCGGUUCUGCGGCGGUUCUCUAUAGUCGGCUAUAUCAACAAGGUAAAGAUACAAAUGGGGCUUCACAGCUAUAGCCAGCCAUCGGAGUCAGAGGAUAUCUUUGGAAAUGAUUCCCACAGUGGCUACAGCGAGACGGAGGAUCUCAUUAGACGUGACCAAGCUGAGCUAAGCUUAUCUCGUGAAGCGGUGGUGUACCCUCCACAACCUGAGGUGGAGUUCGGCUUCCCGCAGAGUUGCUACUGUGGAGGUCAGCCACAUCUUGCAACCUCUACCAGCAGCAACAAUCCAGGGCGGAGAUAUUACACUUGCGCGAAUGUAGACGACGGGGACUGUCAUGUUUUUAAAUGGUGGGAUGUGGCCGUGAUGGAAGAGAUGAAAGCAAGAGAUCUCCACGUGCAUCAGCUGGCCGAAAAGGUUGAAAACCUUACUCUUUUUAGUGACUAUGAGACUGAGCAGAAGCUCCUGAGUCUAGAGAAACUUGUUGGUGAUUUAGCUAAGGAGAAAUCAAGGUUCACUUUUGAGUACUUUGUGGCUUUACUGGUUCUGGUGGCAGUUUUACUAGGCAUGCUGGUUAUGUUUUACUAGGCAUGAUGUUUUAACUUUGUGGCUUGUAAUGUUUUAACUUAAUCAGAGAUGUGAACAAUGUUUAUGUUUUGUAAUGUUUGAUGUAAUCGGAUUGUGAAAAAUGUUUAUGGUUAAGUAAUGUUUUUUGUUUAUGAUAAAUUAUGUGACACAAAUUGGUCACAAGGUGUACUUGGUCACAAGACAACAUAAAUUGGUCACAAGACAACAUAAAUUGGUCACAAGGUGAAAAAUUAUGUGACACAAAUUGGUCAGAAGAUGUACUUUCAAAUACUCAUAAAAUUUUGGCAGCAUAUAUCAUGUGAAUUGUGACUUUAUCACAUGAAAAAGUCACAAGAUUAAAUCAAUUGCAACUAUAGUAUCACGGGAGAAGAAAUGCACUUCUUUAAAUAGCCUUCUUCUCUCAAUUGCAAAAUACACUUGCUCACUCUUUUCCUAUUUCCAAUAAUUUUUAUCUCUUUCAAAAAUUGUCGAUGGCUUCUUCUUCUCAUUAUCAUUACCACAGAGAAGAUAAUGAUCAAUUAGAUUCCAUGUUUGAUGAUUUAUCUGAAGAAGACGGUGAUAUUUUUCCAGAACCUAAAGAGCGCAAGAAAAGAAUUUUUAUCGAGAGAAACCGGGAAGAAGGCGCCACCAAACUCUGGAAUGAUUAUUUUAGUGAAACUCCAACAUAUGGGCAUCGUUUAUUCCGGCGACGGUUUCGAAUGAACAAACCCUUGUUCAUGCGUAUUGUCAAUCGUCUCUCUACCGAAGUACCAUAUUUUCGCCCAACACAAGAUGCAAACGGGCGAUCUGGUCUAACUCCGCUCCAAAAAUGUACUGCAGCAAUUCGUCAAUUGGCAUACGGUGUUGGGGCUGAUACAGUUGACGAGUAUGUACGACUAGGUGAAACAACUGCUGCAAAAUGUUUGCACCGUUUUGCUGCCGGAAUAAUCCACUUGUUUGGAGAUCAAUAUCUAAGACGCCCUACACCGGGGGAUCUUCAAAGACUACUCUUUGAAGGAGAAGAACGUGGCUUUCCGGGGAUGAUUGGAAGCAUCGAUUGUAUGCAUUGGGAGUGGAAGAAUUAUCCUUCCGCUUGGAAAGGAAUGUAUUCACGAGGAACCGGAAAACCAACACUUGUAUUGGAGGCGGUAGCUUCAUAUGACCUCUGGAUAUGGCACACGUUUUUUGGAGCUCCAGGUACAAUGAACGACCUUAAUAUUCUUGAUCGCUCACCUGUUUUUGAUGACAUUAUUAACGGAAUAGCUCCGCAAGUCAACUUCAACGUCAACGGAAGAGAAUAUCACUUGGCUUACUAUCUCACAGAUGGUAUUUAUCCAAAAUGGGCGACUUUUAUUCAAUCUAUCCGACUUCCACAGGGUGAGAAAAAUAAGCUAUUUGCUAAAAAGCAAGAAUCAGUCCGAAAGGAUGUUGAGCGUGCCUUUGGAGUCCUGCAAGCUAGAUUCGCCGUUGUUAAAAAUCCAUCUAAAUUAUAGGAAAAAGAAAAAAUAAAAAAUAUAAUGAAAGCUUGCAUCAUACUCCACAAUAUGAUUGUCGAAAAUGAACGAGGUUCAUACAGUCUGCGUAACAUUUCAGAAUUUAUUGACGGAGAAGGAGAAGGUGCAUAUUCCGUCGGUCUAGGUCAUACACUCCGCAAUACAAUUGAUGCUCGAAGAAGGAUUCAGGAUACACCAACCAAUCAACGAUUAAAAGCUGAUUUGAUUGAAAAUAUAUUGGCUAAAUUUGGACAUCUUCCAAAUAACAUAUAAAUUAUAAAGUUUCUAUGAAUUGAAUAAAAUGUUUCUUUUCCUUUUUUUUAUAAUGUCUGUGAUGUUUUUUUUUCUUUGUAAUUUGUUGUAAUAUUUUUUUUUUCGGCAACCGUUGUAAUUUGUUUUUUUAUGUUAAA